AUGAUGGCGCCUUCCGCUGAUGAUGCCGACGCCUGGGAAUCGGAUGCACAAAACUUUCCUAUUGCUCUGGCAAAGCUAGGAAAACAAGAUCAGACUAACGCUAUACAGCUGAAGGAGACUGCGACAAAAUCAAAACCACACCAUCUCGGUCUUCAUAUCUACGAUCCAAGAGGACAACAUUCACUCAACGAGACUUCCCUAGCCUAUGGGGCUAGUGCAGUGGCGUAUCUCCAGAAUCCCGGUACCAAUGAUCCUCAGGCGACCAACUUUGCCACCAACUCUGCAUCGUUGUCACCCGCCUCGCAGUACUCCCCGCGCCUGAGGCAUGGCGUCGGCGGGUUUGCGGCGGAUGGUCACGCCGCCGACCUGGAAGCUGGGGCUAGCACGGGAAGAUGGAACUCCGGCGCCUGGCGACAGGGAGGGCCCGGCGGGCUAGUUCCCUCCGGCCUGGCUACACCAGCACAGGCGGCUGGCUCGGGUCGUCUGUUGCCCGGCCUGGGUGCCGGAGUCGCUGGGCCGGGGGGCUACCUGGGCCCGCAACACAAGCCCGGGACUAUUGUCGCGGAGGUGACCGAUCCUGCUGGACGGUAA